UUCCGUGUCACUUCCUUGUUCUUCUGCGGAAGACUGCGGAAACUUUUUCACGGAACAAAGUAAUUUGUAACUUACUAGUGACUGUAUUCGGCCGGGCUAGCGCUAAAUGUGGGAGCCAGACAUCUAAGUCCGUAUUCAUCGGUCCGAGCUGACAGGAAGUUUGAAACUAUGGCUGACAGCCGAGAAGAGGAGAAACGAGAAGGAGACCAGGAGCCUCAGGGCGCCGUGGGUGGGGAAGAUGUCAUCGAUGAUCCCAUCCUGGAACAAGGAGCGGUGGUCCUUAGAGGAUAUGUGAUUGAACGUAUAAACACGGAGGAGCCCGGUCGACACGUCUCCUCUGAGGAGCUGGGCGGAAGGCCAAAUGAACUCCAGGAUCCACAAAUCAAAGAAGUGGUGGAACAGCUGCUCAAGAUUGCAGAUGACUUAAAUAGGAAUGCCGAGUUCCAGCGACUGAUCAACCAGGUUCAAGGCAACUGUGCUCAGGACAUCUUCAUGAAGGUGGCCAGGAACAUCUUCGCUGAUGGCAUCAACUGGGGUCGAGUGGUGGCUCUCUUCCAUCUGGCCUACAGGCUGAUAUACAGGGCACUGACCACCAACCAUGUAGACACCAUCAGAACAGUCAUCAGCUGGGUUCUCCAGGUCAUCAGAGAGCAGCUCUACACCUGGCUCGUACAGCAGGGAGGCUGGCAGGGGGUCAUCUGUACUUUUUCUCGGUGGAGGACAGUAGCUGUAGUAGCAUCAGUUGUAUUGGUGGCAUCUUUUGUUUACUACAGAAAGACCCGCUGAGAGCACCAGACCACUCAGACCACACCCGGGCUGCCGUCUGAUCUCCGGGAAAACGCAGUUUUUUAACAAAGGCAAUUUCUGGACAUUAAUCACAGCCACUCCUCAUCAACCUCCUCAUCAACCUUCUCCAGAGGAGGUCAAGUACAAAAGGGGGGGGACCUCCCCUUUUCUCAGGUUUUCAAGAACAAAAAAAA